AUGUCUGAGAGUGCGGAUAAUACGGGUAAAACAGCAGGAAUAGACUUUCCAAAUGAGAUCUGGAUUGAAAUUCUUGAAAUAUUUUUAAUAGAUAUAAGCAACUUUCGAGAUUUCUUUAAAUUACGCCGUACUUGUAAAAAAUGGAAUGAAUUAAUACCGAUUGUUAUUAAUGAUAUAUUUUCUCUCAUAUUUUCUGGAGAAUGGUCAAUUGAGGUUCUGUUACCUGACCCCGGAAGAUUGAGUACUCUAUUCAUCAAAUGCCCUGUUACUCCUAUAUAUGACUCUAGUACAAACUUAAUUCGUUUAGUGGAUUUAAAGUUAAUGCAAACAGAAGUUUUGCAAUCGGAUUAUCAUUCUCAAGUAAAUGUUAAUUUCUCAAAAUAUUCUUCACUUAUAUUUACGAGCAAAUAUGCGAUGAAAGAUGGAAAGCGUAUAGGUAAAAGAAAAACAUAUUAUUUCAAAAUGACAAAAGAUAAUUUGGGCAAGCUCAUGUAUUGGAAAAUCGUUCCAAAUAUUUGGUUUGAUGGAUUGGAAGAAUAUCGUGGACGUUAUUUUCUUUACUAG